GUUCCGAGUCUGUUCCCACACUGGAGGCGAGUUGAGUCCAGAGGCAGUCCGCAGGUUGUCGUUGAGGAUAUCACAUCAGAGAAACUGCAAACAUGGUUGAGAAGUUUGUUGGGACGUGGAAGAUGGUUUCCAGCGAUAACUUUGACGACUACAUGAAAGCAAUUGGUGUGGGGUUUGCGACCCGGCAGGUGGGCAACAGGACCAAACCCAAUUUGAUAGUAUCCGUUGACGAUGAUGGGAUGGUUUGUCUGAAGUCUCAGAGCACCUUCAAAACGACUGAAAUCAAGUUCAAGCUAAACGAACCUUUCGAAGAGACGACUGCUGACGAUAGGAAGACGAGGACUGUGGUGACUCUGGAGAACGGAAAACUGGUUCAGAAACAGAGCUGGGACGGCAAAGAGACGAAUAUCGAGAGAGAAAUCACUGAUGGGAAAUUGAUAGCGAAAUGCAUAAUGGGAGACAUAGUGGCAGUGAGGACGUACGUAAAGGAGGCGUGAUGGAGUCCUCUCAGCCCUCUUCUUCUCGGAUUCAUUUCUGGAUGACAGGCUCAGUUCAAUGAGUGUAUAAAACCAAGCUAAAGUCAUGGCGUGUUCUGCCCAUUUUUUUCCUUUAUCUUCACUGUGUUGCCUAAAAUUUAAAUUUAUGUGCCUUUGUUCUCCAACAUGACACAUUUGGGUUCAUUUGGAAUUGUUGUGGUUGCUUUGAAUAAAAUUGAAAAUUGUGGAAA